CACUUUUUCGUUGUAUUUUUUUUAUAAAUAUCUCAGUUAACACAAUAACUGGCACACAGUUCGUGUUUUUUACUGAAAAUAGAACAUUCUGUACCACGAGAUUAAAACAGUUGUAAUAAUAAAAAUAAUAAUGUAUACGUUCAAAACUUUAAAGUUGGUGCCAUCUGACAAUGAUUUGCAACAGAGUGAAGUGAUCGACUUGAGAAGCGAUACAGUAACGAAACCGGAUGUUCGUAUGCGCCAAGCAAUGUUCGAUGCCGAAGUCGGUGACGAUGGUUACGGCGAGGAUCCCACCAUAAAUCUUUUGGAAGAAAAAACAUCAAAACUAUUUGAGAAGGAAGCGGCCAUAUUUUUACCAAGUGGACUCAUGGGAAAUUUGAUUGUUGCAGGAUUGCAAAUGCGAGAAGUUAGGAACUUGGACGAUGGCACGUUGGAUAUGACAGAGUUACUUGGAAAAAUACGACCGGAGUUCCCAGAUCCUCACGAACCAUAUACUACACUAGUGUGCAUAGAAAACACUCACAAUUAUUGUGGUGGUACUAUAUUGCCUAUUGAAUGGAUUGACCAGUUGGGAAAACUCACCAAAGARAGAAAUAUUCCUUUGCAUAUGGACGGAGCUAGAGUGUUUAAUGCAGCUGUGAGUCUCGGAGUUCCAGUCAGCCGUAUAGUGAAGCACUGCGAUUCCGUGACAUUUUGUUUGAGUAAAGGCCUCGGAGCGCCAAUCGGCUCUGUUUUAGUCGGCGAAAAAUUGUUCAUAGAAAAGGCCAGGAGAAUCAGAAAAGUUUUAGGUGGUGCCAUGCGUCAAGCCGGGAUCGUGGCUGCAGCUGGACUAUACGCGUUGGACAAUUGUGUGGAAAGGCUGGCCGACGAUCACAAAAACGCAAAGAAAAUAGCCUACGCUAUUCAAAGGAUAGCAAGUCCCAAUGUGACCGUCAAUCUAGACGCGCUCCAAACUAACAUACUUUUGGUGAACAUAAACUCAUCUGGAGUCGACGCCAAAUACUUCGUUUCCGAGCUUAUAAAAGUGGACGCUGACGGAUGUGACAGUAUGUCGAAUAAUAAAAUACGAUCGACUGCUGUGAGGAUAGCGCAGAUAAACGAUGCAAGAGUGAGGAUUGUGACGCACAAGAACAUCACUGACAAAGACGUGGAUAUGGCCAUCGAAAAGAUUAAAUACGUCAUUGGAAAAAUUGACGCGUCCUGUAGUAGUCAAUAAAAACUGGUCCGCUGUUACCAAAAUUCACUGUACAUAUUAUAUACCUACCAUAUUUUAUAUGAAUAAUAUAAUAUAAUUUGUAUUAUAAAAUGAAAAAAAAAGUAACCUUAAUAAUGAUGUUGAUGUCCUAUGAACUUACUUUAACUCAAAUAAUUAUGUAAUAUUACACGGGUAUGGCACCAUGAAAGCGAAGUCAGUAUCGAAACGAACCCUAAAAUUGGCACACCACCCGACCACCCACCCAUCAUCUAUCAACAAUUUAUGUCAAACACAAUAUGUACUAUAACAAUUUAGUAUUUAAUAUUAUUAUUUCAUAUUUAGUAAUUGUUUUUCACUUUCAUAUAAAAGCAACCGCUUCUCAAAUAGGUACCACUAYCACAUUAGUUUCGCACUGAAUAGAAUAGGUAUUAAAAUAAUUAUUGAGUAUUUAGAACCAUGGUCAGAAAUAAAGAAUACUGAAAUAACUAUUUUCAGUUACGACCCGUAAAAGUUUAAGCUUCACUGAUUUGAAAUAAUUUAUGAACCUGUUACAUGUGACUUUUUAGUCGACUAUGAUCAAUAAUUCAUUCUCCGAMAUUAGUGUGUUUUAUUUUCUAUAGUYGAACGAGUGAAUAAUAUCUAUUCAAUUAUGUUAAAAUUCGAAAAAUUUCACUCAGUCAUUUUUGGUACAGUUACAAUGGUUUUAUACAAUUGAAUAUAAAUUUAAUAUAUCCAUUUAAUUGGAUCACUSUACGCUGUAACUAAUGUAUAGUAAAGUGAUACCAAUCAUUUUAAAUAUUGCUAUAAAAAACUUAUUUCAGGCACAUACAGAGAAUACAGUAUCUUUGUUGCGGGGGGGAGGGUUACAAAAUAUAGUAAUAUAAAUUGUACAGCUACAAUAAAACAAUUUCUUCUUCCUUACUCGUU